UCUUUCAUUAGUGCACAAACACAUUCAUGUGCUACAUUGCACUCUCAGGACGACAGAAAAACGAAGACGAGCUUCGGGAGGGAUUCACUGUUACGUAUUUUCACUAAGUCAGUAAGAACAAACGAGUGAACGAGUCGAAAAGCGAGUAACUGCACUGCAUGGACCCUCUGGAAGCUUUGGUCGCCCAAAUCCAAGGGCUAUCGAGCACUUCUAGCGAUGUCAGUCGCCUCCACAGUAUUUUGAAGCAAGCCGAUGAGUCGCUCCGAUCCCAGUCAACUCGCCUGCCCUCGCUUCUCACUCAACUCGACCCCUCCAUUCACUCCCUCGGUUUUCUCUACAUCCUAGAAGCCUACAUGACUAGUCCGAUCACAAAAACGCAGGCUGAGACUGCCAUUCCAAUCGUUACCAGGUUCAUCGGCGCUUGCAGCGAUCAGAUUCGUUUGGCCCCUGAAAGAUUUUUAUCUGUGUGUAAGAGGUUGAAGGAUCAAGUGAUGUUGUUGGAAGCUCCAAUACGAGGUGUGGCUCCUUUGUUCACUGCACUUCGGAAAGUUCAGGUCUCUGCAGAGCACUUAACUCCCCUACAUUCAGAGUUUCUUUUGCUUUGCUUGUUGUCAAAGUGCUACAAAACUGGUUUAUCCAUAUUGGAUGAUGAUGUUUUUGAAGUCAACCAUCCACGAGACCUUUUUCUCUACUGUUAUUAUGGAGGAAUGAUAUGCAUUGGAAUGAAGCGCUUUCAAAAAGCAUUGGACCUUCUGCAUAAUGUUGUAACUGCUCCCAUGUCUGUCAUUAAUGCUAUAGCUGUUGAAGCGUACAAGAAGUAUAUACUGGUUUCUCUCAUUCGUAAUGGACAGUUCUCUACCAGUCUUCCUAAGUAUUCUUCUUCUGCUGCUCAAAGGAACCUAAAGAACUUCUGUCAGCCUUAUGUUGAAUUGGCAAAUACUUAUGGCAAUGGAAAAAUUGCAGAAUUAGAGGCUUUCGUCAAGACAAAUGCGGAGAAGUUUGAAUCUGACAACAACCUUGGACUGGUUAAGCAGGUUGUAUCAUCCAUGUAUAAGCGGAAUAUUCAAAGAUUGACCCAGACAUACUUGACCCUUUCUCUCCAAGAUAUAGCAAACACAGUGCAGUUAAAUAGCCCCAAAGAAGCUGAAAUGCAUGUGCUACAAAUGAUUCAGGAUGGUGAGAUAUAUGCUACUAUCAACCAGAAGGAUGGAAUGGUGAGAUUCUUGGAGGAUCCUGAACAGUAUAAAACCUGUGAGAUGAUUGAGCAUAUUGAUUCAUCAAUCCAGAGAAUAAUGGCACUAUCAAGGAAGCUAACUGCAAUGGAUGAACAAAUUUCAUGUGAUCAGUUGUAUUUGUCAAAGGCCGGAAGAGAGAGACAAAGAUACGACUUCGAUGACUUUGAUGUUCCACAAAAGUUCAACAUUUAAGGCCAGGCAAUAAAGGUUAUUAUGUACGAGACUAUGAAUGAUGCAAGUAGAUCUAGUUCUGGUUCAUCAGCCUUUUUCUUUAUCUUUUUUGUUAUCUCCAGUUCUUCUGAGAAGCAGGUAGUGUUUUACUCCAAAAUGGAAGAAUGCUUGUUCUGUCGUGGACUAGCUGAGGAUCAAUUAUCUCUACAUAUUAACUAUAUAAAAUUUAAUGCUCAUUCUUUUCACUUUCA